GGCCUGCGCCGCCGCCUCCGCCGCCUCCUCCUCCUCCUCCUCCUCCUCCUCCGCGCUGCCCUCGCCGCCCGGUGCGCCAUUUCCCGCAGAUUGCUCAUCUCGCAAGUGGAUGUGUGGGGUAACAUGUCCAGCGUGUCUGAGGAGAGACGGAAAAGGCAGCAGCACAUUCAGGAAGGACUGCAGUUCAUCCAGUCUCCACUGUCAUAUCCUGGGACCCAGGAACAAUAUGCGGUAUAUUUGCAUGCUCUUGUGAGAAACCUUUUUAAUGAAGGAAAUGAUGCUUAUCGGGAACAUGAUUGGAAUGGCUCAAUAAGCCAGUACACGGAAGCUUUGAAUAUAGCUAAUUAUGCAAAGUCUGAAGAAAUUUUAAUUCCUAAAGAAAUCAUUGAAAAACUGCAUAUAAAUCGUAUUGCCUGCUAUUCUAAUAUGGGCUUCCAUGAGGAAGUUUUAGAAGACUGCAAUACUGUCCUUAGUUUGAAUGCCAGUAACUGCAAGGCUCUGUAUCGGAGAUCUAAAGCUUUAAAUGACUUAGGGCGAUACAAAGAGGCUUAUGACGCAGUAGCAAAGUGCUCCUUAGCAGUCCCUCAGGAUGAACAUGUAAUAAAACUGACUCAAGAAUUAGCUCAGAAAUUGGGAUUUAAAAUAAGGAAAGCAUAUGUUAGAGCUGAGCUCUCAUUGAAAACAGCUCCUGGGGAUGGAACUGCCCAGGUUGUGAAUUCUGUAGAGGAUAUUGAGCCAGAUUUGGUAACCCCGAGGCAAGAAGGACAUCCACUUGUCUCCCUGCCUGCAUCUAGUUUUUCUCAUGACAUUGGGAGUGACCCGGCUUCAGUUCCUGUUAUGCCUUUAACUUCUGUUUUGUCACUGCAAGUGGAUGAGAGUGCUCUGCCAUCCACAGUGUUGGCAAAUGGGGGCAAGAUCCCCUUCACCAUGUCUGAGCCUUUCCUGGAUGAUGGAGACAUGGUCCUUGGGGACGAGAUAGACGACCUCCUUGAUUCUGCUCCAGAAGCAAAUGAUGCUGUUAUGCCCUCGGCUUUGGUCAGAGGAUCCCUCCCGACAGCCAGUGUUUCUCCUAGUUUGCCCUUCUCCACAGCCCUGCUAGGAACCUUGCCUAUUGGUGCGAGGUAUGCUUCUCCGCCCUCCUUUGCAGAGUUGUACCCUCCUCUGGCCUCAUCCUUGGAAGAUUUUUGUUCAUCGUUAAGUUCAUUUUCAGUGAAUGAAUCCAAACGAGAUCUGUCCAUCUCCACUUCUAGAGAGGGAACAACGCUUAACAACAGUAAUUCUUCCCUUUUACUUAUGAAUGGGCCAGGUAGUUUGUUUGCUUCUGAGAGCUUCCUGGGAAUUUCAAGUCAGUCUAGAAAUGAAUUUGGAAACUUUUUUGGAAGUGCGAUUACUAAACCAUCCUCAGCAGUGACUCCAAGACAUCCCCUUGAAGGAACCCAUGAGUUGAGACAAGCUUGCCAGAUCUGCUUCAUAAAAUCAGGCCCCAAGUUAAUGGAUUUUAUUUAUCAUGCAAAUAUAGAUCAUAAAUGUAAGAAAGAUAUUUUAAUUGGUAGAAUAAAGAAUAUUGAAGAUAAAUCAUGGAAAAAAAUACGUCCAAGACCAACAAAAACAAAUUAUGAAGGACCAUAUUAUAUAUGUAAAGAUGUUGCUGCUGAGGAAGAGUGUCGGUAUUCCGGCCACUGCACCUUUGCAUACUGCCAAGAGGAAAUAGACGUGUGGACCCUGGAAAGAAAGGGGGCAUUCAGCCGUGAGGCUUUCUUUGGUGGCAAUGGAAAAGUCAACCUUACUGUGGUCAAACUUCUCCAAGAGCAUCUUGGGGAAUUUAUAUUCCUUUGUGAGAAAUGUUUUGAUCAUAAGCCUAGAAUGAUAAGUAAAAGAAAUAAAGAUAAUUCCACUGCUUGUUCUCACCCGGUUACAAAGCAUGAAUUUGAAGACAAUAAGUGCCUUGUCCACAUUUUGCGAGAGACAACAGUAAAAUAUUCCAAAAUACGCUCUUUUCAUAGUCAAUGUCAGCUUGAUUUGUGUCGACAUGAGGUUCGAUAUGGCUGCUUAAGGGAAGAUGAGUGCUUUUAUGCCCAUAGUCUUAUUGAAUUGAAAGUCUGGAUAAUGCAGAAUGAAACAGGCAUCUCACAUGAUGAUAUUGCUCAAGAAUCUAAGCAAUAUUGGCGAAAUUUAGGAGCGAGCGCACCUGGAGCUCAGGUAUUUGGCAAUCAAAUAAUGCCUGGAUCUCUUAACAUGGAGAUAAAAUUUGUAUGUGCUCAGUGUCUGAGAAAUGGCCAAGUCAUUGAACCAGACAAAAACAGAAAAUAUUGUAGUGCAAAAGCAAGACAUUCGUGGACCAAAGAACGUCGUGCGAUGCGAGCGAUGUCUUUUGAACGUAAGAAGUGGAUGAACAUCCGUCCUCUCCCCACAAAGAAACAAAUGCCUUUACAGUUUGAUCUGUGCAACCAUAUUGCUUCUGGGAAGAAAUGUCAGUAUGUUGGGAAUUGUUCCUUUGCUCAUAGUCCUGAGGAGCGAGAAGUGUGGACCUACAUGAAGGAUAAUGGGAUACAAGAUAUAGAGCAAUUUUAUGAACUCUGGCUAAAGAGUCAAAAAAACGAAAAAAAUGACGAUGUAGCCAGUCAGUCAAACAGAGAAAAUGGAAAACAAAUUCACAUGCCAACAGAUUAUGCUGAAGUUACUGUGGACUUUCACUGCUGGAUGUGUGGGAAGAACUGCAACAGUGAGAAACAGUGGCAGGGCCACAUCUCUUCUGAGAAGCACAAGGAGAAGGUCUUCCACACCGAGGACGACCAGUACUGCUGGCAGCACCGCUUCCCAACAGGGUACUUCAGUAUCUGUGAGAGGUACGUGAAUGGCGCCUGCCCGGAAGGAGGCAGCUGUAGAUUUGCCCAUGGAAGUGCUGAGCUGCGCGAGUGGGAAGAAAGAAGAAGUGCCCUAAGGAUGAAGCUCAGCAAAGCACGGAAAGAUCACUUAAUUGCCCCAAAUGAUAAUGACUUUGGAAAAUAUAGUUUUUUGUUUAAAGAUUUAAACUAAUAUGCUGGCUUUUAUGUAACCUAAUCAGAGCAUUGACCAGAAAACAAUUGGAAGUGUUGUAAGGCACAUAGCUGAGGAGCCGCAGAUUUUCUGCUUGUAUUGGCGUAUAUCGUUCCUCCUGAGCAGCAACCCACAGUAGGUAGGAAAUAGCUGUUCAACAGGCCUGGCCAAGCCCUCAGGAGCCAUUGGCAUCACAUGGCCAAGUGACUGCUACCUGGUUGCCAUCUGUUGAACACUUUUGGAUGGAGUGUGUUGGGAAGAAAGAUAAUGUUAUGUUAGGACAGCUCUUUGAGUUAGUCCAUCACAUAAGAACCCCGACGGGAAGAGGAUAAACAUAUGUACUGGGAUCAGAGUACGUGAUGGAUGAAAUUCUUGACACGUCUCAGCAGAAUGAACUUAUUUCAUAUAAUAAAGUUUGCUACUUAUCUGUACGUAGGUUGCUAAAAAGGAUUUUCUUAACUCAGAUUUUAAGCCAAAUAACCAUUUAACACUAGUAUAUGUUAAAUGGGGUAUUUUUCUGUAUUUAUAUGUUUCACUGUGAUAAGGAAACAGGAUUAUGUGCAUUGAGAAUAUUUCAAAAAAUAAUCAAUUGACUCAAAUUUUAUUUCUUGGUCUUUUGCUGUUUAAAUGAUGAUUUUGGAGAUUAAAUGUGUACUGUUGUUAUUAUGUAGUGUAUGGACCAAUAAUGCCUGUAAUAAAAAGAGUUUAUAUACA